UUAUUUUUAGUCGAUAAUAAGCACUACGAGGGAAGUCAAGCCAGCGAGUAUAAUAUAGCGACGACAGAGAACCGGGAGAGAGGGGGUUGUUACAUUCUUCCUAUGCACGUCAGAUAUAAUACAACUGCGAAUGACACUGGCCAUUUAAUUUUCCAACAUGUCUGGAAACCUCUUUGAUCUUGCCGAGUUAGGUCGGGGAUUCUGGAACUCAUCCGACCUCUUGAGCGGUGCUUUGCGUGGAAAUUACUCAACCAAAUCGAACCACCGAAUACUCCAAUACAUCUGGGAUCUACGACUCGGCAGGGAGGACUACAUAGCAUCCCCUCUCUUCCCGGUUAUUCUCUCCGUGGGAUUUUAUUUCUCUUUCUGCACUCCGUUUAUGAUCGCCGAUAUUCUCGGUGAACGGUUGCCAUGGAUUCAUAAAUUCAAGAUUCAGACUGACAAACCGGUGACUUUCUCACAAAUUUACGAUACGCUACAACUGACCUUCUGGAAUCAUGUCCUGUUCGUGCUACCCGCCGCUGUGGGUCAAUGGAUCUGGGCCCCGCCCACCCCCUUGCCACACCUUGCCCCCACCCUGUUGGAAUUCGUAUGGCACCAGAUAGCCAGUCUGGUGAUCUUCGACUUCCAGUACUAUGUAUGGCAUUGGUCCCACCACAAGGUGCGCUUUCUGUACAAACACAUCCAUGCAGUGCACCACCGCUACAACAGCCCGUUUGUGUGGGUGACCCAGUACCUCCACCCCUGGGAGCUGGUCACCGUCGGAUUCCUGACCACCACCAACUCGUGGUUCCUUCAGUGCCACCCGCUGACCACGUGGAGCUACAUGUUACUGAGUAUAAUGGUCAGUGUCGAGGCCCACAUAGGAUACGAGUUCCCGUUCUGUGUCCACAACUGGGAGCCAUUCGGGAUGGUGGGUGGGGCCCCGAAACACGACAUGCACCACCUGAAGCCGAUGACCAACUUCCAGCCUUUCUUCAAUCACUGGGACAAACUGUUUAACACGUUCUGUCCAUUCAUGAAGGCGGGAGGAGUGAAAACCAAAGAACUUGUGGAGUAUGAGCGGCGAGUGAAGGAAGCCAAAAAAGCGAAAUAAUUGCUUUGCCAAAAGUCACAUUUAUAGGGGUGUCUAAAAUUCUGAAGAAUUAACAGAGGAAAUCAAAGGCUUCUCUGUGCCAAAUGAUCCAGAAUGUUCUUAAGUGUUAUUCCCUUGAAAUUUGAAAGAUUCGAGGAAGAGGAAGGAUAUUUUCUAAUAUUUCGAAAAUGUUAAUAGAAUUUUUUUUUCAUUCCCUUUUUUAUUUAUCUUGGUCUCAUGCAGACAGCCGUUGGAAUGUUUUAUCUCUCUAUAUUUUUUUCGUGAUUCUAAGAUCUCUGCAGCUGUUCUCUAUGUCAGCUCGUAUUGUGACAUGGUACAAUAGGCGCAUUUUGUUCUUAAGUUAUUUUGGUGAAAACUAAGUAUUCUCAGCUCACACAAUCCUUGAAUCUGGCAGAUCAUUCCAGAUUUGUCCAGAAAGUAAGCCUAACCCGUAGAGAUAAAGUAGUGCUUCCUAUAGAAUGAAACUUCAUUUAGAGGAGUGAGUCGAUAGUCUCUAAUUGUCAC